CUCCUCCGUGUGUCGCUGUUCCUAGUCCUCCCACUCCCACCGGUGGCGCGCCCUCUCCCGUUGUUCCUCUCGCUGCCGCUGGUCUUCCGAAGGGUGCUGUCCCUGGUCCUCCCACUCCCGCCGGUGAUGCUCCCGCUUUCCGUUUGUUCCUCCCACCGCCGCUGCUCCUCCGAGUGGAGAUGUUCCUGGUCCUCUCAAUCUCGCAGCUGGUACUCCCUCCCUUGUAGUUCACCACGCUGCCGCUUCUCCUCCGAGUGGCACUGUUCAUAGGCCUCCCACGCCCGCCGGCGGUGUUCGCUCCCUUGUAGUUCUCCCCCGCCGCCGCUGCUCCUCCGAGUGGCGCUGCGGCUGACCCCCCGGGGCCGGCGGUUGCCAUGGUGAAGGGGGUUGGGUGCAGGUGCAGGUGGAGGCGGAGGCCGGGCCCAGGCGGGGGGCAAUGGAGUCCCUCUGCGAGUACCUGAUGUAUUUUCCGGCCGGCCCGGUGCCGGAUUACCGGCGUUACCGCGGCCUGCCGCGCCGGGCUCAGGUCUACCUGGGCGAGACGGUGCGCUUCGUGCUGGUGGUGCGCCGCCGAGGCCGAGGGCAGGGCCGGAGCCGGGGGCAGAGCCGGGGCCUCGAGUCAGAGGAGGAGGACGACGACGACGACGAUGAGGAAGAGGAGGAGGCGGCGGGCCAGGCCCGGAGCCUGGACCCCCAGAACUGGAGGGAGCUGUCCACCUCCCUCUCGGCCCUGGCCAGUGUCUGCCCCGGGCUCCGGCAGCAUCAGGCCCCGCCGCCUCACCAGCCGCUCCUUCAGGAAGAUACCAGGCCCGCACCCCCAGCUCUCGGCUUGGUCCUCGGGCAGCCCGAGGACGGACACGGGCAGCAGCAUCAGCAGCAGCCGGAGGACGAGGAGGAGGUAGAGGCCGGCGGUUUCCGAGAGUGUCGCCCACUGCUCACCCACGGCGGCGGCGGGGCGCCCGGUAGGGAGGGCGGCAGUGGAGGCCAGGUAUCUGAAGGAAGUGCUGCCAAUCAGGGAGCGAUGGAAGUUGUGGAUGUUCAAGAUGCUGGAAUUGGAGGAGUGCACAGAUCUUGGAAGGUUGUGGGACUGGGACAGAUCAUUGUGACGGUAUGGAAGAGAGACCGGGAGAAAGCCGAGGUGAGGGAACAUGGCUACCUGACUAUCCUGCAGAACCGCAACCCCUCCCAAAUCUUCCGGGAAGACCAGAACGGCUUUAAAGCUCAAGUGAGUACGUUGCUGACUGUGCUUCCACCUCCAACGGUGAAGUGUCGACAACUUAAUGUCUCGGGGAAACAGCUGACUGUUCUCAAAGUGUUAAACACCUCCUCGCAGGAGGAGCUCUCCAUUCGGGAUGUUCGGAUUUUGCCAAACUUCAAUGCUAGCUAUUUGCCCAUGAUGCCUGAUGGCUCAGUGCUGCUCGUAGACAACGUCUGCCACCAGUCGGGCGACGUGUCCGUGGCUUCAUUCUGUAGGAUGAACGGUAACUGCAGCCAUCUCCCGACCAAGCUCAGCGCCCUGGAGGAGCAGGCUUUCCUCUUCCAGAUGCAGGUGAACGAGAGACCACAGCCAGACACCAAGGAGGGUCUGGAAGUGCCACUGACUGCAGUAGUGUGCUGGUCUACGGCUAACCUGCCCCCGGACAACAAGAUCUACACACACUACAGGCUGCCGAACAUUCAGCUGAACCGCCCCAAGUUUGUGAUGACGGCUUCGUGCGAGUCUCCCGUCCCCCUGUACAAGCGCUUCACCGUCAAGUACACGCUCCUGAACAACCUGCAGGACUUCCUAGCUGUGCGGCUGGUGUGGACCCCAGAGAGUGCCCUCAGCUCGCAGGCGGGGAAGAAGCUGUCAGAGGAGGAUCUACGUGCUGCUGAGACCACCGUCAACUCUGUGGUCUGCCACACACCCCUCAACCACUUGGGCUACUGCAAGAAGGGUAGCUCAGUGACGUACAAAGUCGCGUUCCAGGUGCUGCGCACCGGGCUCUUCGAGCUGAGCCAGCAUAUGAAGUUGAAGUUACAGUUCACAGCGAGUGUGACAAACCCUCCCCCUGAGGCCCGGCCCGUUUCACGCAGGAACAGCCCGAGCAGCCCUGCUGUCCGCGACCUUAUGGAACGUCACCAGGCCAGCCUGGGCCGCUCGCAGUCCUUCUCUCACCAACAACCCUCCCGGAGCACUCACCUCAUCAGGACCGGGAGCGUGAUGGAACGCCGAGCGAUCACACCCCCCGUGGGCUCCCCCAUUGGCCGCCCCCUCUACCUCCCCUCGGAAAAGGCCGUGCUGUCUGUUGACAAGAUUGCCAAGCGAGAGUGCAAGGUGCUGGUGGUGGAGCCUGUCAAGUAG